UAAGAUUAUCCGAGGCCAAGGGCAGUACCUGUACGAUGAGCAAGGGCGAGAGUACCUGGACUGUAUCAACAACGUGGCUCAUGGUCAGUAUGACACCUCCUCACCCUUGGUGAGACAGGGGAGGAGGCUGAGGCCAUAGAUCUGACAGCCUGGGUUGAACAGAACUGAAUCGGAUGCUCAGGAGGGGACCCCAGUCUUUGUGAAAAGACUGAAAAGACUCCACACCUUAGCUGUGCUAAACCAGGCACAACUGAGAGGUUCACAUGCCAAGGUCAAAGCUGCACGUGGAACUCAUGGCAAGCCGGGCAUCUAUACAGUCCACCCGUCCAUGACUACAAAUGUAGUGUGCUCAUCUUAGCCCCAUGCAGGGUGAUGACAGCAGGCCUUCACCUCUAUUGACUAUCAUAGGGGUGACAAGAAACUAGUAUGAAUAGCCAACUGGGGCCACCACAGCUGAUGGAGGAAAGGGAAGCUUUGCAUUAGAAAGCACAUUGCAGGCAGGUAAAGGUUAAAACCCAGGACUCUCCCAGCACUCAGGGCACAGAGGCAGGGGGAUCUCUUGAGUUAACAGCCAGCCUGGUCUACAUAGCAAGUUUCAGGGACAACUAGGGCUUCCCAGAGAAAUCCUGUCUCAAGGGAGAAAUUACUUAAUCCUGAGCCUUUUUGGGAGACACACACAGUGUUGUAGAUCACUGUGUUAAUUAUUGCUACCAUGCUUAGGCCAUCUUGGCACGUGAGCUCUUAGAAUGCGGUUGCCACGGCUGACCCUGACAGUCCCCCUCCAGCUGAGUCUCAAAAUACCUCUAGCUAGCGUUUCUGACCCUCUUUUCCUUCUGCUGGUCUCUCUUCUGUUCUCUUCCCCCACUCCAUCAUUAACUCCCCUUUCCACCUUGCCUUCAUUAACUUCGUUUCCCCUGGAUGGGUUUGCAGAUGAAGCUGAGGGGGCAUCUGGUGGGGCUGGCUGGGUGACGUCUCAGCCACAUGAUGUAGAUGCCCCUCUUGCAGUUGGGCACUGCCACCCUACCGUGGUCCAAGCUGCACACGGACAGAACCUAGUGCUCAACACCAACAGCCGCUAUCUGCAUGACAACGUCGUGGACUAUGCCCAGAGGCUGUCAGAGACCCUGCCGGAGCAGCUCUCUGUGUUUUACUUCCUGAAUUCUGGGUCAGAAGCCAACGACCUGGCCUUGAGACUAGCUCGACGGUACACAGGACACCAGGACGUGGUGGUAUUAGACCAUGCUUAUCAUGGUCACCUGAGCUCCCUGAUUGACAUCAGUCCCUACAAGUUCCGGAAUCUGGAUGGCCAGAAGGAAUGGGUCCAUGUGGCUCCUCUCCCAGACACCUACCGGGGCCCCUACAGGGAGGACCACCCCAAUCCAGCAGAGGCCUAUGCCAGCGAGGUGAAGCAUGUCAUCAGCAGUGCACAGGAGAAGGGCAGGAAGAUCGCAGCCUUCUUCGCAGAGUCUCUGCCCAGUGUGAGUGGACAGAUCAUUCCCCCUGCUGGCUACUUCUCCCAGGUGGCAGAGCACAUCCACAGAGCCGGAGGGCUCUUUGUGGCAGAUGAGAUCCAGGUUGGUUUUGGCCGCGUAGGCAAGCACUUUUGGGCCUUCCAGCUGGAGGGAGAAGACUUUGUCCCCGACAUUGUCACCAUGGGCAAGUCCAUCGGCAAUGGUCACCCUGUUGCCUGCAUGGCCACUACCCAAGCUGUGUCAAGGGCAUUUGAAGCUACCGGUGUAGAAUACUUCAACACGUUUGGUGGCAACCCUGUAUCCUGUGCUGUGGGGCUAGCAGUCCUAGAUGUCUUGAAAACAGAACAGCUCCAGGCUCAUGCCACUAAUGUGGGCAGUUUCCUUCUGGAGCGUCUCAGCCAGCAGAAAGCCAAGCAUCCUAUCAUUGGAGAUGUCAGGGGCACUGGACUCUUCAUUGGUGUGGAUCUGAUCAAAGAUGAGACCCUGAGGACACCAGCAACUGAAGAGGCAGAAUAUUUGGUCUCCAGGCUAAAGGAAAACUACAUUUUACUGAGCACUGAUGGCCCUGGGAGGAAUAUCCUCAAGUUCAAGCCUCCAAUGUGCUUCAGUCUUGACAAUGCACAGCAUGUGGUAGCCAAGCUGGAUGACAUUCUGACAGACAUGGAAGAAAAAGUAAGAAGUUGUGAAACACUGAGGAUCAAGCACCCUCCAGAAAUACUCCCAACAGGACAACAGGACACCCACCUUACAGAUGAGACAAGUGUGUGAGGCAUGACAUGCUACCUGCUAGUCUCUAAGCAUUGGUCAACCACUGUUAGGCUUUAUUUCUCAAUCAAAACAAGGCCCAGUCAGACUUUUAUGCCUGAAAACUUUGAAGAAGGUGUACAUGCUUCAAAAGAAUGAUGUAUUUAAAGACAAUCCUGCUGGGCAUGGUGGUACUCGCCUUUAAUCCCAGCACUCAGGAGG